GUAUGAGGGAAACAUUUUGCGACAUUCUAGCCCUCGUUACGAUUACAUUUUGCGACAGCGACUGUUUUUAGGGCACACGUGAGCUUGCGUUGAAGUGUGGUCUCUACCAUGGCGAGAGUCUCCAGAAAAAACGGCAUUAAAAAGACGUUAAAGGGGAAAUGCAGCGUUCCUCUCGUCGGCUUGGGGGAUCAACAGCUGCUGUAUGAGGAGGAGGAGGACAGUAUAGAUAGAGGUGAGGAAGACAUCAUCAGCAGUGAGGAGGAUGAGGUCGACCAUGAGCGAAAACGCCAGAAACUGCUGGAGGGGAUCAGCACUCUGGGUGGGAAAAGGAAGAGGGCGCAGGGAGAGAGGUCAGAGGCCGCGGUGCACAUGUCCGAGUUCACGGUGAACACUGACGGUGGGCCCGGUAAGGUGAAACUAUCGGAUCUGAUCGGGAUCUUUGAGAAGAAUCCUGCUGUCCCCGCUAAAAGCAGACGGCAACUAAAGAAUCUGCGGCGCGUUAAGAAAUCCAUGAAUUCUCCUCUUAGCAAAGAGGAGACCGAGAAGAUCCAGAGGGAUAUGGCUUUCCAGAAGGCUGCUUCAGAGGUGAGCCGCUGGGACAGCAUUAUCACUCAGAACCAGAGAGCCAAACAGCUGCUCUUCCCUCUCAGCCAGGAGCCGGCCGGCCCCAGGCCCGUAGAGAGACUGGUGGCGGGUUGGAAUGUUCAGACUCCACUGGAGCAGGAAAUCUUUGCCCUAUUGUCUGCUAACAAGCAGCCCUUUACCGACCCGAUCCUGACCCCUGCCGAAGAGGCUUCAGUAAGGGCCAUGAGCCUGGAAGAAGCGAAAAUCCGCCGUGCAGAACUGCAAAAAGCUCGGGCCCUCCAGUCAUAUUAUGAGGCUAAGGCUCGGAGAGACAGAAAAAUCAAAAGCAAGAAGUAUCAUAAAGUACAGACCAAGGCCAAGCGGAAAGAGUUUCUGAAGCACUUUGAACAGAUGGUAAAAACGGACCCAGCAGCAGCCCUGCAGGAGCUAAAUAAGAUGGAGCUUGCCAGGAUGCAGGAGAGGAUGUCUUUAAAACACCAGAACAGCAGCAAAUGGGCCAAAUCAAAGGCGAUAAUGGCCAAAUAUGAUGAAGAGGCUCGCAAAGCCAUGCAGCAACAGCUGGAGAUGAACAGACAGCUCACUCAAAAGCUGGUGACGCCACUGAAUGAUGAUUAUGAGCAGGACGAGGGGGAUGCAGGUGAGACUGAUUUGCUUCCUGACUUUGUUAAUGAUGCAGUGGAUGGGCGAGAUGCAUCAAAUCCUUGGAUGAAAGGCAAGCUAACUGAAGAGCCAACACAGAAGCAACUGAACGACACGACUGAGGCAGCACAGGUAGUGUCAACCGUGGCUGCUGAGGAAGAGGAGUUGGAGGCUGAGGAAACAGAAGAGGAGGCCCUCCUCAGAGAGUUUGACAACAAUCGAAAACUCCAUCAAGCUCAGGAGUCUGACAUUGCAGGAGGUGUUUUUCUGGAGGAGAUGACCGAGGACAGAGCUGCAGCAGAGGAUUCAGAGGUUUCUGACUGUCUUUCAGAGUUCACAAUCAUCUCCAGAGGAAGAGAAAAAAGCUUUAAAGACACAGAAGUAUUCAACUGUGCUGACUUCACUGACGGGUCAGCUCAGCUUGAGGAGAGGCUGGUGAGGAUCAGGACUGUGGAGGACUUGGAGCUUCUCCAUCAUGACCCAUCAGCUGAGCCCAGGCAUCCUCCCACCGCCAAAGACCCGCCGUCUGAGGAGAAACACAUGGGCAAAAGUAAAAAGAAGAAGAAAGGUAUAGAGCUGAAAGAGGUUCUCACAAAAGAGACAAAUGUUAUCAAAGUUCCACUCACUCCAACUGCCACAGACUCUGAUGAUCCAGAAUCUAAGCUGGACCAAAGGGAAUUGAUUAAGGAAGCUUUUGCCGGAGACGAUGUCAUCUCAUCCUUUCUUAAAGAUAAAAGGAGGCAUGAGGAUGAAGGAAAACCAAAGGUGGUAGACCUGACACUGCCCGGCUGGGGGGAGUGGGGAGGCGUGGGUUUAAAGCCACCUAAAAGAAAGCGCAAACGGUUCAGAGUUAAGAGUGCUCCUCCUCCACCUAGGAAAGACCAGCAUCUUCCCAGUGUCAUCAUCUCUGAGAAGAGGAACACCUCCCUCAGCCUCCACCAGGUUCAUUCCCUACCCUUCCCUUUUGAGGACCAUGGACAGUUUGAGAGCUGUAUCCGCUCACCACUGGGCCGCACCUGGAAUACAGAGCGAACUGUAAAAAAUGUCACCAAACCCAGAGUGGUCACCCAGCUGGGGGCCAUCAUUAGUCCCAUGGCUGAGGAGGAACUGCUGAAAAACAAGAGGGCAGUUGCUAGAGAAGGUAGUUAAGUGAAUUUCAUGUAGAGCAGAUAUUGACAGCAAUAAUCACUAAAAUGAUUUUGAUCAAUGAACAGUGGUCAUCAGGUGCAUUUAGGUUGUGUACCGUAUGACUAAGAACCCCUGCCCUUUAAAAUGAGAGAAUGGACAUAUUUGAAAUGUGAUUCUAACUGAAAUGUAAGAUUUUCAAAUUAUGUUAAUUGAGUAAUAAGAGAUUAAAUGUCAUUUCAACAAUUUCAUAUGGCUGUGUCCGUAAACAGUGAACUGCUCAGAUGUAUCGGCUAUAGAAUAAAACUGAAAACUUUUUCUCACAGAUCAUCAAGUUGGUGAGUGCUGCACCACUUCUGUGAUUAUCUCCUCUGAUUUUGUGUUGAUAUCUUAAAGAUUUGAUUUGAUUACAGCAACAUCUAUGUAAUGCUCUACAAUCAUAUGUUGGGCUUUUGCUAAAUGCAUGCAACAAACUAUAUGUAGUGUAAAUGGAAUUGAAAAUUUGAUGAGGCCAGAUCCUUGUUGUCAAGCUGCAUUAAAAAAAAUAAAUGGUCAACAUUUUA